GGGCGUGGCCGAGGGCGGGGAGGCGAGGCGCGCCGGCGCACGUCCAUUGGUCGGCUCGGCGAGGGGAGGAGCCGCUGGCUCCCUAGGCCCCGCCAGCGCGAUGAUUCUCGGCCGUCUGAGUCGCCUGCUGAAGCCGGCGCUGCUGUGCGGAGCCCUGGCUGCGCCCGGCCUGGCGGGCACGAUGUGCGCGUCCCGGGACGACUGGCGCUGCGCGCGCUCUAUGCACGAGUUCUCCGCCAAGGACAUCGACGGGCGCAUGGUUUGCCUGGACAAGUACCGGGGCUUCGUGUGCAUCGUCACCAACGUGGCCUCCCAAUGAGGCAAAACCGACGUGAACUACACUCAGCUGGUCGACCUGCACGCGCGCUACGCUGAGUGUGGCUUACGCAUCCUGGCCUUUCCCUGCAACCAGUUCGGGAGGCAGGAGCCAGGGAGUAACGCAGAGAUCAAAGAGUUCGCCGCCGGCUACAACGUCAAGUUCGAUAUGUACAGCAAGAUCUGCGUGAACGGCGACGACGCCCACCCGCUGUGGAAGUGGAUGAAAGUGCAGCCCAAGGGCCGGGGCCUGCUGGGGAAUGCCAUCAAGUGGAACUUCACCAAGGUACGGGGGGGGGGGGGGGGGGGGGGGGGGGACGGAGGGGACGGAGGGGCUGUGUCGGGCGUGGUGGGGGGAGCGCCUGGGCCCUGUCCCACACUCUGUGCCCCCGCAGUUCCUCAUCGACAAGAACGGCUGCGUGGUGAAGCGGUACGGGCCCAUGGAGGAGCCCCUGGUGAUCGAGAAGGACCUGCCCUGCUAUCUCUAGCCCCACAAGCGCCCCGCCCGCGCCCGCCCGCGCCCCAAGCCUUCCGCCCGGCACCCAUGACGGUCUGCCUGCAAACCAGCCCGCUGGUGAGGCAGCCCCGAGGACCGCGUGCACCCGCCGGAGGAAGGUCCCGGGCCGCCGGGCCCGGCGCGCGCCCCCACCCUGCUGCCUUGUGGGAAUAAAACAUGGAAACCCGC